GUAGCGGCUGCAGCUCCGGCCGCCCCCCGCCCCCGCUUCCUCUGAGGAGCGAAUGGAAAGUCCGGCCCCGGCGCCUUCGUGUAUUCUGUAAAAACAAAUCAUCAUAUACUAUUGAGAAUGCACCAUGGUAAUGGUCCUCAGAAUGCCCAGCGCCAGCUCCAGAGGUCCAGGUCCUUCACGGGCAGUGAGGGAGAAGAGCAACAAGCAAAUCUACCCCAGUCCCCUGCAGCUUCUUUCGCACCUUCUGCAAGUCCAUCUGCACCCCAGUCCCCCAGCUAUCAAAUUCAGCAGUUUAUAAUGAGUAGAAGCCCAGUGGCUGGUCAGAAUGUGAACAUCACGCUGCAGAACGUCGGGCCGGUGGCUUCGGGAAACCAGCAGAUCACACUGACACCACUGCCAAUUCCAAACCCGACAUCGCCCAGUUUUCAGUUCAGCCCUCAGCAGAGGCGCUUUGAGCAUGGAUCCCCAUCGUAUAUCCAGGUCACGUCACCGCUGCCCCAGCAGGUUCAGUCGCAGAGCCCCACGCAGCCCAGCCCCGUGCCGGUGCAGACGUUACCGAACGUUCGGGCAGGUACGCCGGGCCCCGGCUUGGGUAUGUGCAGCCAGAGCCCUACCAGAGGAUUUGUGGACGCCAGCGUGCUUGUGAGGCAAAUCAGCUUGAGUCCUUCGAAUGGCGGGCACUUUGUGUAUCAAGAAGGGCCGGGAAUCGCACAGAUUGCUCAAGGAGCUGCAGCGCAGGUGCAACUUCCAUCUUCUGGGACGCCUGCUACGGUAAGGGAGCGCCGACUUUCACAACCUCAUUCACAGUCCGGUGGCACCAUUCAUCAUCUUGGUCCUCAAAGUCCUGUAGCUAGCGGGGCAAACAUGCAAUCCUUGACUAGCCCGGGCCAUAUCACAACAACGAGCUUGCCACCCCAGAUCAGCAAUAUUAUCCAAGGGCAACUUAUGCAACAGCAGCAGCAAGUGCUUCAAGGACAGCAGCUGAGCAGACCCAUUGGCUACGACAGGGCUUCUGGGGGAUUAAUAGCUGGAGUUGGAGGCCCUGGUGCGUUUGGAAUGACAUCGCCACCGCCUCCCACGAGUCCUUCACGGGCCACGGUGCCACAGGGGCUGUCAAGUCUUCCUCUUACGCCUACGGUUAACACGGCAGUGAAAAAACAACCCAAAAAACUGGAGGAGAUACCUCCUGCCAACCAAGAGACUGCCCAAAUGAGAAAGCAGUGUUUGGAUCACCACCACAAGCAGAUGGAAAUUCUUAAGGAAACUUUUAAGGAAUGUUUGAUUGAACUGUUUUUCCUGCAACAUCUUCAAGGGAAUAUGAUGGACUUUUUAGCUUUUAAGAAGAAACAUUGUGUUCCCCUGCAAGCCUACCUGAGGCAAAAUGACUUGGAUCUAGAGGAAGAAGAAGAGGAAGAACAAUCUGAGGUCAUCAAUGAUGAGCAAACGCAUACAGGGACUCCAGUAACAGGGACUGUGAACACCAUAGAAAUGGAGGCUUUUAAGAGACAGCAGACACUGGCACCGGCAGAUUCGUCUAAGAGACCACGAAUUGAAGUGGGCCGUCAUGGGAUGGUUUUUCAGCAUCCGGGUGUGGCUUCAGGAGUUCCGCUUCAACAGCUAAUGCCAACGGCACAAGGUGGAAUGCCUCCCACUCCUCAAACGGUGCAGCUGACUGGACAGAAACAGAGCCAACAGCAGUACGACCCUUCCAAAGGCCCUCCUGUGCAGAACGCAGCAAGUCUGCAUACGCCGCCGCCGCAGCUGCCUGGGAGGCUGCAACCUGUGAAUGUCCCCAUGACGUCUCUUCCAGCUGCACUGCAGAUUUCGCAGCAGCAGCCACAGAUAGUGGAAUCUCCGACUCAGCCCCAGAUUCAGGUGAAGAUCCAGCCCCAAAGCGUCCCCCUGACUUCCGCUCCGCUUCCAGCUCCGCUUCAGCAGCAGGUGCCACCAGCAAUCCAUGUACAAGGACAGACACCCAACCAAGUGCCGCAGCCGCAGGCUACAAUACAGCAACAGGCUGUGACUCUGACACGACCAUCUGCAGAUCCUGUUCAGACUCCUCAGCGUCUUACAGCAAAUAUACUACCGCCUACCUCAUCUGUUGCACCAGCAGCUAUCUCAGGCACAGCACCGCCUUCUACGUAUCCAGUACAAACAAACAGGACCUCUCCUGCAACUAACAAGUCCCUAUCUCCUAUUGCAUCAAAACCCCCAGGCUUAGCGGUGGCAGCAGCACCUAAAACUCAAAGUCCAGCUCAGAAUGCAGCAGUAUUGCCACAGGACAAUUCUCAAGACAAGCUUGCUGAGCAAGUCAAGCUGGAAAAUCAAAUCCAUCAGCGAAUAGCAGAACUUAGGAAGGAAGGCUUAUGGUCGCUGAGGCGACUGCCUAAACUCCAAGAGGCUCCAAGACCCAAAUCUCACUGGGAUUAUUUGCUAGAAGAAAUGCAAUGGAUGGCGACUGAUUUUGCCCAAGAGAGAAAGUGGAAGAUGGCAACUGCUAAGAAGAUGGUAAGAACUGUGGCACGUUAUCAUGAGGAGAAGAAACUUAAUGAAGAGCGAGCUAAAAGGGAAGAACAAAACAAACUAAGGCGAAUUGCUGCAUCAAUUGCCAGAGAAAUAGAAUACUUCUGGUCUAACAUUGAGCAGGUUGUUGAGAUAAAACUGCAAAUUGAAUUUCAAGAGAAAAGGAAAAAAGCUUUGAAUUUAAAGAAAAUUUCAAGAAAAGGUAAGGAUGCAAAAUCUUCAGAAGACCUUCUGUUGGAAAAAGAAAGUGAAAUGAGUUCCUCAUCAUCUGGGAGGAAAAGAAAGGCAAGCACAUCUUUGACUGAUGAGGAAGUUGAAGAUGAAGAAGAAACAAUUGAAGAACAAGAAGCUAAAGAAGGAAAUAUAAACCAUCAAAGUGAAUUGUCAAAUCUGGUUAAGGAAGCUGAAUUGCCUCUGGAUGAUUUGCUGAAGAUGUAUGAAGGUGCCUUUUCUGAAAGUUUUCACUGGCCCCAGCCUAAACCUGACAGUGAAGAGGACAGCAGUGAAGAAGAAAUGGAUGACCAUGCGACUGAUAGGGAAAGCCCUCAGAAGGAAGUUGUCCUCAUAGACUCACUGCUCAGCAUUGACCAGUACAAGAGCAUAGACAGAUCAAGCCCUCCAAAGAAGCACAUGCGAGACAUAUCAGAGGUUGCUGCAGCAGCAGAAGUGCUGUUACCUAAAGGCAGCUCUAGGAUAACAACAGCGGUGAAAUACAAUACUCCAUCCCUAUUAUAUGGGCCUCUCAGAGAAUAUCAGAAGAUUGGGCUGGAUUGGUUAGCAAAACUGUAUAGGAAAAAUCUCAACGGCAUUCUGGCAGAUGAGGCUGGGCUUGGAAAAACAGUGCAAAUUAUUGCCUUUUUUGCACACUUGGCUUGUAAUGAAGGUAACUGGGGUCCUCAUCUUGUUGUUGUACGGAGCUGUAACAUACUGAAAUGGGAGCUGGAGCUGAAACGCUGGUGCCCAGGGUUGAAGAUUCUUCUGUACUUUGGCAGCCAAAGAGAACUAAGGGCAAAGAGACAGGAAUGGUCAGAACCCAACAGCUUUAAUGUGUGUAUCACUUCCUACAAGCAGCUGUUCAAAGGCCACCCAGCGUUUAUGAAAAUGCGAUGGAAAUACUUAAUAGUAGAUGAGAUGCAGCAAAUUAAGAACAUGACUGAGAAACACUGGGAAGCGCUUUUCAGUCUGCGCAGCCAACAUCGCUUGCUUCUGAUAGACACUCCUUUGCAUAACACACUGAUGGAGUUGUGGACCAUGGUGCACUUCCUGAUUCCAGGAAUUUCCAGACCUUAUCUAGAUUUUCCUGUAAAAGCACCUAAUGAGGAGAACCAGGAUUAUUGCCAUAAACUGGUCAUCAGGUUACACAGGAUGAUUCAGCCGUUUAUUUUGCGAAGAUCAAAGAGAGAUGUUGAAAAGCAGCUAACAAAGAAAUACGAGCACGUGCUGAAGUGCCGUCUGUCUAGUCGACAGAAAGCGAUGUAUGAAGAUGUCAUAUUGCAACCAGGAACUCAAGAGGCCCUCAAAAGUGGACAUUUCAUCAGUGUCCUGCAUGUCCUGAUGCAGCUGCAGAGGAUCUGUAAUCACCCAGAUCUGAUAAACCCCCGGCUUUCGAGUACUUCAUAUGUAUCAGAAAUGCUGGAAUAUAGAACUGCAUCUCUUGUACUGAGUGCCCUAGAAAGGGAUAUUUGGAAGGAAUCGGACCUCUCUCUUUUUGAUCUCAUUGGAAUGGAAAACAAAAUGACUCACUAUGAGGCACAAAUGUUGCCGAAACAAAAAGUUACUAGAAAGCUGAUAGAAGAAAUCUACAGCUCUCCUCCACCACCAGCUAGGCCUAACCCAGUGAAGCUCAAACCUAGCAGGUUGUUCCAGCUAGUUCAGUAUGGGCAGAAACCAGAGGGCAGGACUGUAGUUUUUCCGAGCACUCAGGUACAACGCACGGUGACCACAGCAACAGUAACUCAGCAGGGACAAGUACGGGGAAGAUCACCCAUAGCUACAGUGUCCUCAAAUCAAGCUGCAGCAGCACAGUUUCAGACAACUCAGGCUUCCACCAGUGCUCCAAGACACCAGCCCGCAGCGACCUUCACCACAGCAACUAGCACAGCCCAUCCUGUGAAACAGCGGGGCCAGACCGCAGCACAGGCCUCCCAGCUGGGCCAGGCCCAGCCACAGCCCCCCCCGCACACCAUCCAACAGAGUGUGCUGCCUCAGAGGCUGGUCCUCACCUCCCAGGCCCAGGCACGGUUGCCUAGUGGUGAGGUAGUAAAAAUAGCGCAGCUGGCUUCCAUAGCAGGAGCGCAAGGCAGAAUUGCUCAGCCAGAGACCCCUGUAACACUGCAGUUCCAAGGCAACAAGUUUACUUUGUCACAUAGUCAACUUCGUCAGCUCACUGCAGGGCAGCCUUUGCAGUUACAAGGAAGUGUUCUUCAGAUAGUUUCAGCACCGGGUCAGCAGUAUUUGAGACCUCAGGGUCCUGUUGUCAUGCAGACGGUUUCCCAAGCUGGAACUGUUCAGAAUGCUCUGAAUGCUUUAGGAAACCAGCAUCAAGCAGGGGUGCCAACUUCCACAGCAGUAACACAGCAAGUUUGUAUUCCAGGUAGAACUGCAGUUACUAAUUUGUCAUCUGGUGACAUGGGAGCAGUGUUAAAAACAGCACCUACGCAUGGGCAGUCACAGGAAACAUAUGAGGAAAAGAACCGACUUCUGAAGGAGCGCCUGGACAGAAUAUUCCAUGGCAACGAGCGCCGCUGUUCAAGGGCUCCGGUGUAUGGCAGUGACUUGCUGAGUAUUUGUUCGCUGACUGGUGAAAGGAGGCCAUCCCAGGUGUCCUCCUAUGGGGGCAGCAGUUGGAGGUGGGCUGGCUUUGUCAACUGCUGCCUUUCCAGUGCCUCUGGAGGCCCAAGUGAUCCACUGCAUGAAAUGAUCCAGACUUUGGUUCGGGAGCAAGAAUCUCUAAAGGAUGUUAUUGACAGGGCUCUCUUCGUAUUGCCAGCUGCAGUUGCUGCUCCCCCAUGCUUGUAUGUGGCAAACCCUCCCCCUUCGUACAGUCACAGACUGAAAGUCCUCAAACACAGUCUGAAGCAGAAGGCAGCUCCACACUUACAUCAGUUGCAGCGGAUUACAACUCCGCAAUUGCUGCAGUUCCCUGACCUCCGCCUGGUGCAGUAUGACUCAGGAAAACUAGAAGCUCUUGCUGUCUUGCUUCAGAAGUUGAAAUCCGAAGGGCGCCGCGUGCUGAUUUUAUCACAGAUGAUUCUAAUGUUGGACAUACUGGAAUUGUUCCUGAAUUUCCAUUUCCUCACGUUUGUGAGGAUUGAUGAAUAUGCUAACCAUGAACAACGGCAGGAGCUGAUGAAAAGCUUCAACAGAGACAAGCGCAUUUUCUGUGCCAUCCUUUCCUCUCACAGUCGUUCCACCGGUGUCAAUCUUGUUGAAGCAGACACUGUUGUGUUCUAUGACAAUGAUCUAAAUCCAGUGAUGGAUGCAAAGGCACAGGAGUGGUGUGACAGAAUUGGGAGAUGUAAAGAUAUCCACAUAUACAGACUUGUCAGUGGUAAUUCUGUAGAAGAGAAGCUUUUGAAAAAUGGCACAAAGGAUUUGAUCAGAGAAGUAGCAGCUCAGGGAAAUGACUAUUCAAUGGCCUUUUUAACACAACAAACAAUUCAGGAGUUGUUUGAGGUUCAUUCUCCUAUGGAGGAUUCUGGAUUUAGAGUGAAAGCAGAAGAGUUUGUAGUACUUUCUCAAGAGCCAUCUCCAGCAGAAACCAUUUCACCCAAAGUUGCAAGACCGUUCAUAGAGGCCCUCAACAGUAUUGAACGAGAGAAUGAAGAGCCAGAUGAUCGCAUGCAAGAAAUAAGAUCUGAGUCGAGCAUCGAAGCUUUGGUCUCAGAGCUCUGUGAGUCAAAAUACAAUGAGGAACCCUCACCACUGCAGGAGUUGGUUGCUGUUGUGGAUCAGCUGACUCCAAUUGAGAAGUAUGCUUUGAACUAUUUAGAGCUCUUCCAUGUUUCAGUUGAUGAGAAUGAACCACGAUUGAAUGAGGUGGAACUGAAAACAGCAAAGAAAGCGUGGGAAGUCCAACAUCUGAGGGAGUUAAAGGAAAAAGAGCAAAAAAUGCUCUGGGAGGAUGAAGAGGAACUUCUCACCUAUACUCGGGAGGAUGCAUACAACAAAGAGUACGUCUAUGAAGGUCCAGAUGGACAAACUGAAAUAAUGCCACUUUGGACUCCUCCGACUCCGCCUCAGGAUGACAAUGAUAUCUACAUUGAUUCUGUGAUGUGCCUGAUGUAUGAUACCACCCCUAUUCCAGAAUCAAAACUGCCUCCAGUGUAUGUCAGGAAGGAACGCAAGCGGCACAAAACAGAUCCUUCUGCUGCAGGCAGGAAGAAGAAGCAGCGUCACGGGGAGACGGUUAUUCCUCCUCGUUCACUGUUUGAUCGAGCAACCCCAGGAAUGUUGAAGAUGCGCCGAGAGGGCAAGGAGCAGAAGAAGAACAUCUUACUGAAACAACAAACACAGUUUGCAAAGCCUUUGCCAACUCUUGUGAAACCGGCUGCUGAGAAUGGCCAGGAUAACCCCGAAUGGUUGAUCAGUGAGGACUGGGCACUUCUGCAGGCAGUGAAGCAGCUGUUGGAGCUCCCUUUAAAUCUUGCUGUUGUAUCGCCAGCACACACUCCCAAUUGGGACCUUGUUAGUGAUGUUGUUAACUCCUGCAGCAGAGUCUAUCGCUCACCAAAACAAUGCAGAAACAGAUACGAAAAUGUCAUUAUCCCCAGGGAAGAAGGAAAGCUAAUGUACGAAGCUAAUCCUAAAAAGAAGACAAAAAGUAUUUAUAAGACUAAAAACAGUCGCCCGCUUCGUACGAAUCAGAUCUAUGCUCAGGAUGAAGGCGCCACCCACACGCAGCUUUACACUAACCAUUUUGAGAUGAUGAAAAUGAUUGCAGGGAAAAGAAGUCCACCCAUCAAACCUCUACUUGGCAUGAAUCCUUUCCAGAAGAAUCCAAAGCAUGCCUCUGUUCUCGCAGAAAGUGGAAUCAACUAUGACAAGCCACUUCCUCCAAUUCAAGUUGCAUCCCUGCGAGCAGAACGUAUUGCAAAAGAGAAAAAGGCUUUGGCUGAACAGCAGAGGGCACAGCAGCAGGCAGGCCCACAGUCUCAGCAGCAGCAAGGCGGCCAGCAGCAAGCUCAGCAGCCAGCUGUCCAGCAAGCACAGGCCCAACCACAGCCACAGGCUCAGGCACAGGUAGUUCAGCAGCCACAGGCAGUAGUGCAGACUGCAGUAACUACUGUGGCCAACACAGCAGUAUUGGCAGGCACAAUCAAAACAGCAGUCACUGGGACAAGUAUACAGACUGCUACAGUGAGUGGGAAUGUCAUAGUGAAUACUGUUGCUGGAGUCCCUGCAGCUACCUUUCAGCCUAUCAAUAAACGUCUGGCUUCACCUGUUAUACCUGGAACACUGACUACUUCGGGAGGCACUGCAGCUGCACAAGUUGUGCACACCCAGCAGCGGGCGGCAGCUCCUGCAGCCUCCACAGAGCUGGUGACCAUAGCAUCUACACAGGGGGUCCGAGCAGUGACAUCAGUGACUGCAUCAGCUGUGGUAACAACAAACUUAACGCCUGUGCAGACCCAGACGAGAUCACUGGUGACUCAAGUGACGCCAGCAACACCAACAGUCCAGCUCUCUGGCAAAACAAUCACUCCUGCUCACUUCCAGCUUUUGAGGCAGCAGCAGCAGCAGGCUGCUCAGGUGCAGGUGCCUCAGAUUCAGGCUCAGGCACAAGCCCAGUCUCCAGCUCAAAUAAAAACUGUUGGGAAACUGUCACAGGAGCAGCUAAUCAAGUUACAGAAGCAGAAGCUACAGCUUCCUCAGCAGCAGGCAGCACAGCAGACACAGCAAGGGGCACAACAGCAAGCAGCGCAAGUGCAAGUGCAGCAGCAACAGCAAACUCAACAACUCACUGCUGUUACAGCACCUCGUCCUGGCGCAGUCCUCACAGGCACUACUGUGACAAACCUGCAAGUUGCUCGUCUUACUCGUGUUCCUGCUUCCCAGCUUCAAGCACAAGGACAAAUCCAGGCCCAAACUCCACAAGCAGCACAGGUUGCUUUGGCAAAACCUCCAGUGGUGUCUGUUCCAGCUGCUGUCGUGUCAUCUGCAGGAGUCACUACGCUCCCUGUUACUGUUGCAGGCAUCAGUGUUGCUAUUGGGCAGCCACAGAAAGCAGCAGGAGGUCAGACUGUAGUUGCCCAGCCACUACAUGUCCAGCAGCUUCUGAAGCUCAAGCAUCAUCAAGCAGCACAGCAACAGAAAGCCAUCCAGCCCCAGGUUGCACAGGGUCAAGCUACUGUGCAGCAGAAGAUAAAUGCUCAACAGGUCACAGUCCAGACCCAACAGCAGACGUCGCAGCAACAGAAAGUGACCUAUACUACACAGCCUGCCAUUAAAACUCAGUUCUUAACGACCCCAAUUUCCCAAACCCAGAAGCCAGGUGGAACCCAGCAGGUGCAGGCUCAGAUUCAGGUGGCAAAACUUCCUCAAGUGGUCCAGCAGCAGGCGACUGUUGCCAACAUUCAACAGAUGGUUUCAGUUUCCCAACAGGUACAAGCUCAACCCCAGACAGUGACCCUGUCUCAGACCACAGCAGGUCAGCAGCAGGUUCAGGUGAUUCCUGCAACAACUGCUACUGCUCAGGUUGUGCAGCAGAAACUGAUACAGCAGCAAGUUGUGACCACGGCAUCUCCCCAGAUUCAGGCUCCAGGCGUACAGAAUCCAGUCCAGACACCAGCAACAUCUGAAGCCCAGAACCAGCAAGCAAAAGUCCAAAUGAGGACACCUACUGUCAGAUUAAAGGCACCUACUAAACCAAGUUGAACUAAUGGUUAAAUGCAAUAACAGGGAAGUGCAGCGUUUCUUGUUUGCUAAGCCAAGUGAGAAGCAGCUACUCCAAACAUCCAAAUGAAGUCAAACCACUUUUUUUUUUUCUUUUACUUUUAACAGAAGGACUUUGCAACACUUAGACAUGAAAACUCUCACAUAAGUUCAGUGUGUUAGCAGCUCUGCAGCACUCAAUCUGUACGGGUGCAUUUUGCUGCUGUUCUCUGUGCUGAUUGAAACCUGAUAAAUCAAACUUUACUUAGAUUUAAGUUAUGUCCAGCUUCACAAAAGUAAAUGGGUGAAAUGCCAUAAAUGUCAGUAACAUCCAUCUGUGUUAGCAUACCACAAGCUGCCAGUGGGACCGUGCAGUUCUUUGCUAGAGUUGGGAUGUGCUCUCAGUAUCCACGCUGAAGCUGGUCAAAGAACCUCCUGUGGUUAACACAAAGUAUCCUGCAUCUCAGUGAAAGCUGCAUGUUGUUCUAGCUUCAGGCAGAUACCUCUGGAAGGUCUAACUUACAUUUGAAGUGCUCCCUGAAAAGCUUAGCCAGUAAAUGUGAAAACCUGUAAGUAUAUGUAAUUAAAGGAAAAAAAAAAAGGUUCAUUCUCCAUUUUUGUAAGCCUUUUAAAAUGUUUGUUAGUAGUUUUGUGUACAGUUUACUGCAGCACCCUCCCUGUGUGCUCGUUCUCGUACUUCGCUUUAAGAUAAUGGAUAUUUUAGGCAUGAACUGAGUAAAUACUGUGUGAUGUGUA